AAGCGAAUCAAUCAACCAUAGAAGCUGUAGGACUACAGACAUGUCUCUCAGUGAGGUAGAGGUGGAGAACCAGCCUGAUUGUUCCAGUGCCGUGUCUGAGAUACAGAUCUUUGCUGAAAAAUGUCAUUUGUCCUACUUUGAUAAGGAAAGCAAAACUUGGAAAACGAUUGGUGUGGGCGUGAUUAAGAUACUUGAGUGUAAAGACUCUCUCCAGUUCAGAGUUAUCAUGACAACGAAAAAGCUGAACAAUGUAUGUGCUGAUCAUCUAAUUACCUGUCGUAUGAAACUACUGUCAAAAGAUUUCAAGCUGCGUUCUUUCACUUACUGGUCUAAGAUCAAGCAGACCGAUUCAAAAGAGGAAUGUCUGAAAGUCAAGUUUGCAAACAAAAUAAAAGCUUCACAAUUUGUUGAAAUAUUUAACCAGUGUUGUAGAAAACUGAAUGAAGAUGACAAAGUAUCAAUUGAUAAGUUUACUGAAGACAGUGAAGAUAUUCAUCAAGUUGGCCGGAGAUUCGUAUGCCAGGCUAGACACCAUUCAAACAGUUAUCUGAAUACUAAUGAGGAGGAUUAUCCAUUAAGAUAUCUGAAUACUAACCAGGAGGAUAAUCCUCUAAGAUACCUGAAUACUAAUAAGCAGAAUAAUCCUGUGUAUUCAACGGAAGCCUGGGUAGCCCAAACAAAUUUUGUUGGAUCUCGUUCUUAUCCUGACAACAAGGGCUGUUUCAGAGUUGUAUGUACUGAUACAACAAUAACAGAUACAUCAAUGAAGGAUGCUAACAACAUUGUUGAUGUUGAAACGGACCAAGAAUCGAAAGAAUUAUCUCUCACGGACAGGGUACAAUUUUCUUCCACAGAUACCACUUUUAAAAUAACAAAUUUAACUGAUUCAGAAGACAGUUUUGAAAAAAGCUAUCAUUCAUGUUUAGUUCCAGAAAAAGUAACAAAUCGCCUAGAAACAAACCCCUCUGAUGAUGGCAGUAGUUUAAAUAAGCCUUACCCUACCACCAACGUAAAUCACGAAGUAUUGAACACAGAAACAAUGGUUCCUAACUAUCCUUGUGCAGCCGAACCUUUACUUCCUUGUCUAGACUUGACUAAUGCCAGCAGACCAGAGAAUGUCAACAGAAGUAGAAAUCAAGACCGCUGCAGCAACACAGUUGAUACCACAGAAGACACAGCACUCUCAGCUCCUGCUAUCCCACCUCCAGUUUUCACAACUAAUUCUUUCCAAACCCAACUUGAGUGUCCGUUAUUUUACAAUAGUUUCAACGAACAACAAACACAAGAACAAGAUAAUGUUAGCUUUGACUUUCCCACACGUGAACAAGUUCUGUCAAUUACGAAGCCAAGAAGCGGAUUUGAAUCAUCUUCAACAACAAAAACCCAUCAAACCAACACUUACGUUACCGGAAAUCAAGGAAAUAACAGUAAAGACAACUUCAUAAUGGAUACACAACCUCGAGAUGACCUGAAUUAUAGUUUAAAUGAAAAUGAAACCAUUAACGAUUUAGUUGGGGCUGGUAAAACAGAGCUCGAUUCUGAAGUGACAGAUCUUCCUCAGGUAGCAGAUGAAACUGAAAAUAUUGCUCCUAAAGCAAGAAAAAUAAUAACUAGGAGUAACAUAUUUAAAAGACGGCAAAAUCAGAAGGAACAAAAUCAUGAAAUGAUAACACAGUCACAUGUAAAUGAACAUGGUGAUGUUGGUAUAACUGUGAUAACAGGUAAUAUAACAAACAGAUUAGCUCACCAACAGAAUACAAUUGAUGAUAUUAAUGUUCAGGUCAAUACAGAGUUGAGAGAUACAAAAGAAAAUCAAUCAACUGAGCUUUUUGUCUUAAAGGUUGGAAAGGGGGACACAUCUGAAGUUAAGUGUAAUGAUGAGGAAGGUGAUCCGGUUCAUACAGGCAACACCUGUCGAAACUGUGAAGGUGGUGGCUUGAAUGUUGAUGAACAGAACGGUGACACAUAUUAUACUGGUCAAAACCUAAUAAAAGGCGACGUGCAGUGUCAGUCUGAUGAAGGGAAUGGUGACACAUAUUACACUGGUCAAAACCAUGAAAGAUGUGACAAGAUUGUUGAAUCUGGUAAUGAUAAUGGUGACACAACUUCCAUUAGCCAAAACCUAAAAGAAGGUGACUUAAACGUUGUAUCUGUUGAACAGAAUGGUGACACAAGUUACACGGAUCUGAUCAACGACGUUCGUGAUCGAUACGUUGAUUCCAUUAAUCAGGUGGGAGGAAUAAAUGACUCAGGUGAAAAUGAUCCGAAUGAAAAAACAAUUGAUCAGAAUGGUGACACAAAUUACGCUGGCCAAAAAGGUUACGAUGGUGACAUGAAUUCUGAAUUCAAUCAUCAGAUUGUUGAUGCUAGAAGUACUGGUGAUCAAAAAGAUAAAGAUGGUGACCCUAAUGUUGAAUCAAAAGAUCAUAUUAGUGACACUAGCCACAACAGGGAGGAUCUUGACCCGAAAGUUAUAUCUAAAAGUAAGAAUGGUGACACAAGAUACACUUGUCAAUUUCAUGAAGACAGUGACUCGAAUGUAGAAUCUGAUGAUCGGAAUGGUGACACAACUUUCAUUGGACAAAACAGUCAAGGUGGUAACCCUAAUGUAGAAUCUGAUGAUCGGAAUGGUGACACAACUUUCAUUGGACAAAACAGUCAAGGUGGUAACCCUAAUGUAGAAUCUGAUGAUCAGAAUGGUGACACAACUUCAAUUGGACAAAACAGUCAAGGUGGUGACCCGAAUGUAGAAUCUGAUGAUCGGAAUAGUGACACAACUUUCAUUGGACAAAACAGUCAAGGUGGUAACCCUAAUGUAGAGUCUGAUGAUCGGAAUGGUGACACAACUUCCAUUGAAAAAAACUUAAAAGAAGGUGACUUUGAUAUUGAGUCGGAUACUCACAUUUGUGACAUAAGCUACACAGGUCACAAUCUUGAAGAUGGUGACAAGAUUGAUGAAUCUAAUGUUCAGAACUGUGACAAACAUUACACCGGUCAGGAAAAAGAAGUUGUUGGCCGAAAUAAUGAUUCCGAUAUUCAGAUAAAUAACACAAAUAUUACGUGUCAAAAAGGUGACGAAGGUGAUUCGUGUGUUGAAUGUAAUCAUCAUAUUGGUGAUACAAAUUCCAGUUGUAAACAAAGUGGUGAUGGGGACCAAAGUGUUGAAUCUAAUGUUCAUAAUAGUGCUACAAAUUACACUGUUCGAAAUAAGGAAGAUGGUGAUCCGAAUGGUGACUCAAGCUACAUAGGUUACAACCGUGAUAGUGGUGACUUUAAUGUACAAUCAGCAUGUCAGAGUAGUGAUACAAGGUACACAAAUCGAAAUGUUGAGUAUGGUGACCCGAAUGAAAAAACAGUUGAUCAGAAUUGUGACACAACAUACACCUGUCAAGACAAAGAAUUUGGUGACGGAAAUGUUGAAUCCAAUACUCAGAUGGGAGACACAAAUGUCACUUGUCAACAAGUUGACACGAAUUCUGAAUCUCAUUAUCAGAAUGGUGAUACAAGUGAGAUUGGUGAUAAAGAUAAAGAAGGUGACAUGAAUGUUGUAUCUAAUGUUCGGAAUAGUGACACAAAUGACAUCGGUAUAAAUAGGGAAAAUGGCGAUCCGAAUAAUGAAUCUAAUAAUCUAAUUGGUGACAUAAUGUCCACUGAUCAAAAAGGUCAAGGUGAUGACAUGAAUGUAGAAACAGAGGGUCAAAAUGGUGAUACAAAGCUUAGUGGUCAAAACAGGAGAAGUAGUGACCCAAAUGUUGAAUCGAAUGAUCUCGAUGGUGACACAAAUUACUCUGGUCAAAACAUUGAUGACAUUGACUCAAAUGUUGACACUGUUAAUCAGAAUGUUGAUACAAAUUACACCUAUCAACACUGGGUAGAUCUUGUGUCAAAUGAUCAGAAUGGUUGCAAAAGUGAUAAUGUUGAUAACAGUGACUAUAUCAGACAGAAUGUAAAAUUUGAGGGUCAAAAUGGUUACAUAAGUUAUACUGUUGAUAACAGUGGACAGAUUAUUAAAUCUGAAGACCAGAAUCUUGAUACAGUUGACAUUAGUAAAAAAAGUGAAACUGAUUAUCCAAACAAUUCUGAUAAUCGGAAUAGUGAAACACUUUACCCUGACGAAAACAAUGAACCUAGUGACCCACCCCCAGACGAUGCAACUGUCACGGAUCAUAACAUGACAAAAACUUACGAGAAUAAUAUAACAAAUGAAAACAAUGUACAGCCUUCACCUUGUGACAUAAAAAUUGUACAUAACUCAUCAGAUAAAUCUAUUGCACAUGAAUCGCGUGAUCUAAGUAGCGUUGAUAACACAUGUACGACAUAUACCACCACUACCGAAUUCAUAAGAAAGUCAGGUGAAACUUCAAUUUCUACUAGUCAACUUUUACAAUCCAAUGUGAAAUCUAAAAGAAAGUUUAAUAAUUCCAAACGUAAACACAGGAACAAAAAGAAACAGGAUGAAAGAAACGCAGAUACUAAAAUACAAUUAGAGAAAGACUUCUAUGGCGUGGGUACCCAAUAUUCUGAAGAUAAGUUAAACUCAAAGGUUGGAGAAAUGAGCAACCAACACGUAGAACUUAAUGGGGACAGGGUCAAACAAGAAGUUACUGAUGAUAUGGUUGACGGAGUCAGUACAUUAAUGCUACCAGUGGUUGGAAAAAAACAGGUUGACACUGAUAAUGAAUUAGAUAGCAAAAGAAAGUCAGCUAAAGAUGAUUAUAAUGCUGUUGAUAAACAAGGGGUUGGUACAGAACAGGUUGACACUGAUAUUCCAUUAGAUGGCGAAAAAAACUCAGCCAAAGAUGAUUAUAAUGCUGUUGAUAAGCAGGUGGCUGGUAAAGAACGGGUUGACUCAGAGAAUGCAUUCGAUUUUAAUGCUGUUGAUAAACAGGAGGUUGGUAAAGAACAGAUUGUCACAGACAAUACAUUAGAUAGCAAACGAAAUCCAGCCAAUGAUGACAAUGAGAUAGCGAAUAUUAAAAACGGAAAGAAAGAGAAAACAAUUGUUGUUUUAGAAAGUCAAACAAAGAUAGAUGACAUGCGAGUUGAAGUAAAUAAUGACGAUUUAGAUGAAUGUUGCACUAGAAACGCAGUCCAUAUACCAGAAAGAAAGUAUUCGGCAAACGAAGACUCAAAUCCUACAAGGGAUGAUGAUACAUUAAAUGAUGAGAUCGGCGACAGUCCUAUUGAGAUAAUUAUUCAGGUAGAUGAUGUAACAGACGAGAGGAAAGAAGUUGAAGCCGUAGAAAAUGUUUCCCAAUGUUACGCAAGAAAAGUUAACAAAAAGCGGGGCGAAAGUUACGAAUUUAUUAUUGGCUACUGUGUUAAAAGGUUAACGGAGAAACUAAAGAUUAGACAACUGGUGUACUUUGGCCAGGAAAGCCGGCGGGUUAUGGGACCUGUUACAGCAUAA